UGUUUUUCCAUGACCCCAACUUCUCCAAUUAUAUUCAUUCUUCCCAUUCUUCCAGCAGCUGCGAGAGGCGCAAAAACGUGGCAGAGAGACGACGCUGGCCAGUGCUAUGACGAGGUCGAAUGCGGAUUGUUUUCGUUGCAUGGCGAUCUCUGCAUCAAGCAGACGUCGCGACCAUGCAAGGUCCUUCCUGCCUCGCCUGUCUCUUGUUUUGAACACGCAAUUGCCUAGGGAGUCUGGGAGGUCCAACACGUAGAGUGACUUCCCAAAGAGCAUACUGUACCAUACGGUGACUCCUCCACCAUAUUAUCUUGUCUAUAUUAUGUAUUCCCUAUAUUAAUCCAGCGGCCCGAGGCAUCUCAGGCACGCAUGUGAGAAAAGGUACCUACAGUAGGUAUAUUAAUAAGUAUGUCCAUGGCAUCAACCUCCAUGCUUCAUAUGUACAUAUGUACACAUGUACACAAACAUAUAGCCGCGGUAAACAUCAAAUUGCCCAGAUCCUGAGGUUUCCUUUCCUCGACUUUUGCUGAUGGUUGUUUCAAAUUCCUUACUGGUAGACGGCACUUGACAAUACCAUGCCAUCC